UACAUUUCUGAAGAAGAUUAAUGUCUGGUUCCCUCCGGUACGCCGCUUCCCCGCUCACCCUCCCGGGCUCUCAGCAGACAUAAACCUCCGACUAAAACCUUGGCCAUGAGCAUCUCUCUUCAUAAGAAAAGAAUUCCCCUUCGUUUCGUUCUUCUCCUCCUCCCCUUCUCUUCCUCUCCCCAAGACUCGCUAGGGUUUCUUCUCUCCCUCCGUCCGCAUUCUGGACGAAUCGAUGACGCCCGCUUCUUGUUCUUCUACCUGCUUUCCAAGGCGCCAUGUCUGCGAAAUCUCCGAAAUGUUCCAUAAGGAAAGGAUUCAGCUGGGAUCCAAGGUUUCUGAUAUGUUUGCAGCUGGUGCACCAAGGACUCAGCUCUUAUUUCAUAGGAAGACUUCACAGGGACUUUCAUUUGAGAAGGAACACAGAUUUGGCCAUUCAUGGAUUGACCACGCUUGUUCAAGAAAGUUGGACUGUAAAGGAUGGUCUCUUCAGAAACACCAUAUACCUUUCAUCAAGGCAGUUGCUAAUGUAGCACCAAAUUGCUUGGUUCCAAGUGAGGAUGACCAUAAGUGCAAUUCCAAUUUGCUUUUUGGUUCUGAUUCAUAUUCUCAAGGUUAUCAGUCUUCAAAUGAUGAUUCAUCUGAACAAGAUGAUAGGGAGAAAUUAAGACGAAUGAGGAUUUCAAGAUCAAACAUAGGGAGGGUUCCAUGGAACAAGGGCAGGAAACACAGUGCAGAAACCAUCCAAAGGAUCCGAGAAAGGACCAGAAUAGCAAUGCAGGAUCCUAAGGUUAAGAUGAAGUUACUGAACCUGGGGCAUGCCCAGAGUGAGGAGACAAGGAUGAAAAUUGGCAUGGGAGUGCGGAAAGGUUGGUACCGCCGCCGCAAGAGAUUGUUGGUACAAGAAAAAUGCUUGUUGAAAUGGCAAAACUUGAUUGCUGAAGCCUCUAGGAAGGGAUAUGCUGGUGAAAAGGAGCUGCAUUGGCAGUCGUAUGAAUUUUUGGAUGAACAAUUGAAGGAGGAGUGGCUGGAGAGCAUCGAGAAGAGAAAAACAAUGCAUAGGCCAAAAGGCAGCAAGAGAGCACCCAAAUCCUCUGAGCAGCGGAGGAAGAUCUCGGAGGCCAUAUCCGCCAAGUGGGCAGAUCCUGCUUACCGUGAGCGGGUUUGCACUGCACUAGCAAAGUAUCAUGACACGCGCAUUGGGGUUGAAAGCAAACCAAGGAGAAAACCAAUUUGUGAAGUUCCUGUUAGAAGGGAGUCCAUGAAGAAGAGAGCUACUCAACCUGAAGGCAUCAACAGCAAAGCAAAUGUUAUCAGGAAAGCAACAUCUAGAAAACCCAGAAAUGCCACUCCAUCAUACAAAGACCCAAUGGCAAGAUCCAAAUUAGGGGUAAUAAAGAAAAUAAGAGAACAAAGGGAAGCAAUGGAAGCCAGGAAGAGGGAAGCCACUGAUAGAGCAAAGUUAUUAAUCGCUAAAGCAGAGGAGGCUGCAAAAGCUCUCGAGGUGGCUGCAUUGAAAAGCCCUCUUGCACAAGCUUCACUUUUAGAAAGCAGGAAGCUGAUAGCUGAGGCAAAAUGGUACGUUGAAAGCACGGAGAAUGGAAAAUUUUCCCAGCUUAACAGUAGAGGUAAUGCAUCCUUCAGUUUUUGUGAACCGGCGAAACAUGUACAGACUAGUUUGGGAGCUCUAAAUAGUGAUUCGGUAUUAGAUAAGAGGCUAGUAAAUGGCAGCCAUACCCUCUCUGUGAACAAGACUAACUGUAUUGAGAAUACCAUCGACAAACUCAGACAGCAGAAUGGCAUGAAAAGCAGGGAGACCCUCUCAGCGGUCGACACUGUAGAAAACUUCACUGAGAUAGGCCGAGAUGAUAUUUCAAUUAACUUACAGCAAAAUAAUGUUAGAGGACAAUCACGCACUGCAGAUCCACAAGAGGGUCAAUCUGUGGUUAAUGAUUCCAUUGGACAUAGUCACUUGCAAUACAGGGAAAACAAAGACAAAACUUUACAAAUGGAGAGAGGGGACAGUUCCAUAACCUCUGCAACCAAAGGAAAGAAAAGGUGGGUGCGAGGGAGGCUUGUUGAAGUUCAAGAGGACUGAGUGUUGUGUUUGUAUAUGGAUGAUGAUUCCACGCAUUUAGCACCAAGCAGGUUUUGGUUUUGUUUUGUGUCAGUUGCCUAACAGCUUUUUGAUUUUGUGGAUGUGGUCAGAGACCACAUACAUGAAUUUGAUCCAUGUAUCAUUCUUACAGCUUUUGAUCAUAUCGGUAAACUUCAUAUAACUUCUGUGAAUGUUCUAUUGCGAAGAAA